CGUUUUAUUUGUGAGUAGACAGUGGAACAAGUUCAACUCGAAAACAAACAUCGAAAGCAUUUUUAUUCUCUUUUGUCGGUAGUUUUGAUAAGAAUUAUAGCAUUUAUUAGUAAUCUCUUGCCUUAUCAGACAACCAAAAUCGUUUUCCAUCUCCUUAAACUUUCGCUCGUUUCACUCAAAACUUAGAAUUUAAACAAAAAAUGGUGUUGCAGUCUAUAAAGUUCGAUGUGGAGUUCGGUUUGCUUGAAAUUCUUGAUCAGCUUCUAUUACCGGAGAAAACUCAAUAUAUUAAGAUUAAAGGCGUAGAAGAUGGAUGGAGUGUCAUAAAUAAAAUGCAGGUUCGAGGUGCGCCAGCUAUCGCAAUUGUUGGAAGCUUAUCACUCGCAGUAGAAAUUUGGAAAGAAGAAUUUCAAGACAAGAAAACUCUGUUAAGAGAAAUUGAAGGAAAAUUAAAUUAUUUAAUAAGUGCUCGGCCAACAGCGGUGAAUAUGAAACUUGCUGCUGAUGAGCUUCUUGAACUAGCCAUUCAACUAAGUCGUGAUGAAACGUGCUCUACAAGAGACAUGAAAAAGAAUUUUAUUGAUGCAAUUACUAUGAUGCUUGACAAAGACAUAGCAGACAACAAAAAUAUCGGCAAACAUGGAUCGGAUGCGAUUCUUUCAAAUCUUCAAAGUCAAGAAACAACUAUCAAAGUUCUCACUCAUUGUAACACGGGAUCAUUGGCGACUGCAGGUUAUGGAACUGCCUUAGGUGUAGUAAGAAGGCUUCAUGAGAUGAAAAGACUUGAUAGAGUUUACUUAACUGAAACAAGGCCUUACAAUCAAGGCGCGAGGUUAACAGCAUUUGAAAUGGUUCAUGACAAAGUACCAGCGACAUUGAUUUGUGAUUCAAUGGUUGCUUAUCUUUUUCAAAAGAAGCACAUUCAAGCUGUUUUAGUUGGUGCCGAUCGUGUUGCUAUGAACGGUGAUACAGCGAAUAAAAUUGGAACUUACCAAAUCGCAUGUCUUGCAGCACUCCAUGAUGUUCCUUUUUAUGUUUGUGCGCCAUUUACUAGCAUUGAUUCUUCAAAAAGUUCUGGAGACUCAAUAGUCAUUGAAGAACGUCCUGAACACGAAAUGACUUACAUUGCUGGCAAAAGAAUUGCAGCACCAGGAAUCUCUGUAUGGAAUCCCGCUUUCGAUGUGACACCAGCCAAAUUUAUUAGAGGAAUCAUCACUGAAAGGGGUGUUUUUGAAUGUAGUGAUUUGAAAAAUCAACUUAAUUUAUAAUCAAGUCAAUCUACAAAUUAAUUUGCUUUAGCUUCAAGCGAGAUUUUUAUACUUUUCUACUUCUUUUCUAACCCUUCCACUGGGAUAGCAUAACACAAGUUUCGUUGUUUAAAUUCAUCAACUAGUUUCAGAUUCAUGCUUGUUAGUUAACAAUGAAUUUGAGGCUUUGUUUGACAAAUCUAAUCGAAUAAUAAAUUUAGCUGAUAAUUUUUUAUAACAGAAAUUGGAAAUUUGAAUUUGGAUUUGAAAAUAAAAUUUUUCGAAUUUCGAAACACGAUUCGAUAUUCGAAUAGAA